AUGGGAACAUUUCUACUCAUUUCAUUGUUUUCCACGUCGGACAAAAUAUUUUUUAGAAUUUCAUAUUUCGUUGCUCUAGGUGUUAAAAUCGGUAUACCUCCGGUAGAUGUCAAUAAUGAUCAUCUGUCAGAUAAUCUCGUCAGCAAUUGUUUUGAUCAUAAUAUCACUACAUUAUACUCGGGGCAAGGAAACAUUACACUUGCGGAUCAACAAGCAAAUUUUCGACAAAUCCGAAUACCAUAUGUCAUUCUUUAUAAUUACGACACGAAACGUUCGCAGGUAAAAUCAUCUUUUCAACCCAAUUCAGUUAAACUAAUGCCAGCAUCGUACCGAACUGUCUCUCGUUAA